UUGGGGAGCAAAUGCCAGUCUGUCCCGCCAACUUUUUUUGUAAAUUUUUCCUUCUGCCGCCAGGAGCCUUAACAACGCGGAAAACGAAAACCGCCUGCUCGGGCCCAUAGCGUGAAAGGAAGAGCUGCCGCACUUGGUUCGCAGACACUGAAGCUGGGUUCUAGGAGUUAAUAUCUUCUACUCCGUAGGACAAGACCGCGCACGUGGCGUCCAUUCUUGGCCCAGGAUCGUCCCCGGCCGAACAGACCGGGUUGGAGGAAUACAAGGCACUUGGUCUCAGCCUCUCGAACCACAGUCGCCACGGGGGCGCAUUUAAGGGCCAAAAUGACCGUCGCCGGCUCCGACCGGGUCCUCGGACCGGAGGAGAAGGACUCGGCGAUGCCAAGCAGCGAUGACACGGCCUCGUUGUCCUCCCCACCCGUCAAGCAGACUGACCCGGAGCCAUCGUCACAGCAACUGCAGGGCAACUCGGAAAAGGACGACGACGACAAUGGCUCGAAAGAAGAUAAACCCUCCAGCACGGACACUGCCGCCGCGGCCCCGGCAGCACCGGAUGCAUCGGCGGCGGCGCCCGAGGAGACGCGCACCGCCCUCCAGACGGCCGCCAUCAUCCUGGCGCUGGCGUCGGCGCUGUUCCUGGCGGCGCUGGACGUGACCAUCGUGACGGUGGCGGUGCCGACCAUCGCGCAGCAGUUCCACAGCACGGCCGGGUACACGUGGAUCGGGUCGGCAUACAUGCUGGCGACGGCGGCGGCGGCGCCCGUGUGGGGCAAGAUCUCGGACAUCUGGGGCCGCAAGCCCAUCAUGCUCAUCGCCGUCGCCGUCUUCUGGGUCGGCUCCCUCCUGAGCGCCGUCAGCGUCAACAUGACCAUGCUCAUCGUCGCCCGCGCCCUCCAGGGCGUCGGCGGAGGCGGGAUCGUCAUCCUCGUCAACAUAUGCAUCAGCGACUUGUUUUCGAUGAGAAAGCGGGGGGUCUACUUUGGCGUCAUGGGCAUGGUGUGGGCGGUGGCGUCCGCCGUCGGCCCCGUCCUCGGGGGCGUCUUCACCAGCAAGGUGACGUGGCGGUGGUGUUUCUACAUCAACCUGCCCAUCUCCGGGGUCGGCAUGGUCGUGCUGGCCCUGGUGCUCAAGCUGCACAACCCGCGCACGCCGAUGCGGCAGGGGCUGGCGGCCGUCGACUGGCUCGGGUCGCUGACCAUCGUGGGCGCCACCCUCAUGUUCCUGCUCGGGCUCGAGCUCGGCGGCGUGACGCACCCCUGGGGCUCGCCGACGGUCGUCUGCCUGCUCGUCUUCGGCAUUGUCACGGCCUGCAUCUUCGUCGCCAUCGAGUGGAAGGUGGCCGAGUUCCCCCUGGUGCCCGUGUACCUGUUCGCCAAGCGCUCCAGCGCCGCGUCGCUCGGCGUCGGCGCCCUGCAGGGCAUCGUCUUCAUCUCGGGCAGCUACUACCUCCCGCUCUACUUCCAGGCCGUCCUCGGAGCCUCGCCGCUCAUGUCGGGCGUCUAUAUCCUCCCGUGGGUCAUGUCCCUCUCCCUCACGUCCGCGGCCACGGGAAUCAUCAUCAAGAAGACGGGCAGGUACCUGCCCUGCAUCAUCUUCGGCAUGGCCGUCAUGACGCUCGGCUUCGGCUUGUUCACCGACCUGGAGCCGCGGGCGAACUGGGCCAAGAUCGUCAUCUUCCAGCUCAUCGCCGGCACGGGUGUCGGGCCCAACUUCCAGGCGCCUCUGAUCGCCCUCCAGACGACGGUUGAGCCGCGCGACAUGGCCGCCGCGACGGGGACGUUUGCCUUUAUCCGGCAGCUCUUCACCUCCAUCUCCAUCGUCAUCGGCAGCGUCGUGUUCCAGAACGGGAUGGAGCGGCAGUUACCGCGGCUGGUCGAGGAGGUCGGGGCGGAGGCGGCGCGCCUGCUGUCGGGCAGCAACGCGGCGUCGAGCGUGGGGCUGGUCGGCAGGCUGCCGGAGCCGCAGCGGCGGGUGGCGCGCGAGGCCUACUUCGACAGCCUGCGCAACAUGUACGUCAUGUACGUCGCCUUUGCCGGGCUCGGCCUCCUCGUCGCCUGCCUCGUCGGCUCGCGCCAGCUCAGCAAGGUGCACACCGAGCACAAGACGGGCCUGCACCACAUGAAGAAGCGGUCCAGGAAGGAGGAGGACGACGACGACGACCGGGAGGCCCGCCCCGGCCAGGCGGCGGGCGGGGACGAAGAGAAGGGCGGCUUGUGGUCCGAGGGGGUCGUCGGGGACGUUUCUGGAAGUUCUUCCGACGGUCCUGUUGGAAGCGGGAGCGGGAGCGGGAGCGGGAGCGGGAGCGAAGGAACGAAAGGGCCGCACUCGGGCAAAGAGUAAGUGAAUCUCUUCCAUGUAUUAAUGUUGAAUUAUCAAUCCCUA